AGAAAGACGUCACACAGCUUCAAAAUAAUGAUGUGAGUAGUUUCAAUGUGUCGGAUGGACUGUACGAAUGAACAGGGCGUUAUAUGGCCAGGCUUCCAAACUAACUUCUGAAGACUUUUUAUCCUACUUUUCGAAUUUCCUAUCCGGUUCAACUUAAAAAGUGGGUCAUGGUCGCUGUUGCUUUUGCCCUGUUGCUGCUACAUUACCAGACGCUAGAGGGGAGUGCAGACCCUAUUUCGUGCUAUGAUGACUUGGGAAAAGCUGUGGAUUGGGUUUAUCUCUACAAACUCCCUCACCAUAAGUCCCGUUUUGAAGGGCUGAAGUAUCUUUUCAUGAACCAAGGGAGUGAGGGGUGGGCAGAUGGAAAAGGACUGGUGAAUGACAGUGCAGGAGCCUUGGGAAGGACUGUUGGACAACUAUACACGAGCACUGAGCAGGGCUACAUACUGUACAAUGAUCAGCCUCCUGCACCAGUGCCUGGGAUUGGAACAUCUGAAAAUGUUGGUAGAAGUGGAGGUCAUACCAAAGGUGUUGUCUUAUUUGACAAAAAGCAAGGUUAUUGGUUGGUCCACAGCACACCACAUUUUCCACCACCCAAGAAAGUCGGACAGUUUUCAUACCCAGACAGUGGUGUUUUGAAUGGUCAAAACUUCAUCUGUGUCACCUACCCCCUGGAUCACUUCCAGACAAUAGGGGAACAGCUACAGAUUAAUCAGCCACACAUCUUUGACUGCCAUAUUCCCGAUUCCCUUGCCUCUUCUGUGCAAUCCAUGGUCCAGCUGUGUAAGGACAGCCAAGGAGAGAGAGGGAAUGUCAGUCUUCUACAUGAUGUCCCCAAAAUAUCCAAUCGCAGUGUGUCCCUCACGUCAUUGGGUGGGACUACAUUCAUCGACUUUGCUAAAGGAGCAUCCUUUGCAAACGAUCUCUAUCACUCCUGGGUGGCCCCUACUCUUCAGUCCGACCUGCUGGUUCAGUUCUGGCAGCGGUCCACUGGGAUUCAGCCCUCAAACUGCUCCGGUAGCUGGAAGGUGCUGAACGUCCAGCAGCUUGCCCCUGGGCAGAGGUUCACCUUCGAUGCCACAGAUGACCACUCCAAGUGGGCGGUCAGCACUAUGGCUGCGUCUGGAAGCGCCGGUGGCUGGGUCUGCGUGGGCGACAUCAACCGCAAUGAGGCGGAGGAGAAGAGAGGUGGAGGAACUGUGUGCCUCCAAGACCCCACUGUGUGGAAAGCCUACCGAAGCACAGCCCUGAAAUGUCUGUCCUGCAAAGGAGGUCAAUGUGACUGUGAUACAGCAACAGGGAGAUAGAGCGGCAAUAUUGUUUUUCAAGGGGGAAAUAUUUCUACAGUCCUAUGUCUCAUGGUAUGCACUUUGCUCAGGUAUUUGUUGCUUUUUACUGUAAAAUAUGAUUAAGAAUUUUUUAAGAGAUCAAUCAAGCACUAUUUUGGAAUUUUAGUACAAUUAUCGGUAGGCCUGCCUGGUUUCACCAGACUCACUUACUUAGUUUCACUUCGUGAAGCGUAGUCUGGGUACUCUCCAUUGGGAAAUGUUUCCAACCCUGGCAUCGUAAUGGGUGUAGACUUUGCUUUACUUUUGAAAUCAUUAGUCCAGCCUAACCAAUCACAUUGAUCUGGGAUUUUCAUUUCAUCAUCUUACUUCGCCUAACCUUUACGAACUGAUAAUAAACCGCAUUGGCAGUCAGGAAACAAUGUAUUUACCUUUGCUGUAUUAAUUUACACAAUCUUCCAUCUACAUUUUUUUUAUGUUAGAAGGUGUUGCUACUACUGUUGCUUUACCACAGCCACUUUUAAUUUAGAAACGAAUGUCAUCCACACUCUCGUCACUGAUUGGUCCGCCAUCCUGGUGGUUGAGGGAAACCUAAACGCAUUGAGAAGCCAGAGUAUUUCAGUGAAAUGAAAAUGAGCGCCUACAGAAAUUACCUACAGCAAUGCUCAUGCUUACAGAGCAAAUUAAUUGUGCCAAAAAGUUAACUCUUGUGCAGGAUAGGCCUACAUCAUUAUUUAUACCUAAAGGAGGCUUUAAAUAAUCUUGGAUGUACUGGUUUAAAAUAAACAAUUCUGUUCGUA